AUGUCCAACAGUGGCACUUACGGAGGUGCGCCUCCAUCCGGGUACACUGGGGGACCUCCAUCCUCGCUGCAGGCCGGACACGUAAGUCAUAUUUGCAUACUCGUACAUCUGUUCCUACAUCCACGACGUCAUGUACGGCAGUACUCCGUGAAGAUACUUGCUAAUCCACAUCAGAAUCAACAAUAUCAGGCUUAUUCGGGAUCCCCAGCCCCUCAGGGAUCGGCGCGCAGGGCUACAACCGCCCGCCUCCACCUCCGCCACAAGGCCAGCCCUACGCUGCCGCGUCGCCGUAUCCGGGCCAGCAGCCACAGCAGCCCUACAGCCCGGCUUCGCCAUACCCGGGUCAACAGCCUGGACAGUCUUACGGCCAGCAGCCGCAAGGAAACCCUGGACAGCCGUCUUACCCUGGACAACAACAAUACUCUGGACAGCAACAAUACCCUGGACAGCAACAGUAUCCUGGACAGCAACAAUACCCCGGGCAACAACCGUCUUAUGUACAGAAUACCCCGUGCCCUAUAUAUUUGUCUUGCAUUUCGUGUCCCACCAUCAUACCCCCAGGGUGCUCCUUACCCUGGUGGACAGGCUCAAGGUCGACCCGUUCCCUCUCCAGGCCCAGGUGGUCCGCCAGGCCAGUAUGGUGCCCCCGGUGGUCCCCCCGGCGGCCCAGCUCCUCCAGCAACCCAGCAGCAAGUCGCAGCCUACCGCUCGCUACUGAUUGCCACAAUCCAAGAGAAGAACCUUCAAAGCUUCUAUCCACCCGAUCGCCUCGACCGACUCGUGCAGACCCUUGCCGCAGAGGCGCCUGGCAAGCUCACCAAACUGAUCCACGAAUGGGCCGUGCCAAUGGAGGUUGCGACAGAUGUUAUGAAACUCUCGCUGUUUGACGUCAUUCUCUACGUGGACGACAGCGGAUCUAUUGAAUUUGAAGAAAAGGGGUUGCGAAAGGACCAACUGAGACAGAUCCUCGGAAUCGUCGCAACUGCCGCUUCAACCUUCGACCAGGAUGGUAUCUCUGUGCGGUUCAUGAACUCUUCCGAGAGAGGCGAUGGUAUCCGCGAUGCUGAAGACGUGAACCAGCUUGUCUCUCGAGUUCGAUUCUCAGGACUGACUCCCCUCGGCACAAAUCUAAAGACUAAGGUCGUGGAGCCAAUGGUUGUCGAACCUGCCCGUGCAAACCGGUUGGAGAAGCCCGUUCUUGUCAUCACCAUUACCGACGGACAGCCUGCAGGUGAGCCUCACGGUGCCGUGGGUGAUGUUAUUCGCUACGCCGUGGAAGAGACCUCCCGAACUCGUUAUGGACCAGGCGCUGUUUCAUUCCAAUUCUCGCAGGUUGGCACUGACCAGCGUGCUCGUGAUUUCUUGUCUGCUCUUGACGAAGAUCCUCAGAUCGGUCACUUGAUUGACUGUACCUCCAACUUCGAGGUGGAGCAGGAUGAAAUGUCCCGCGCCAAUCCCCCCGUGCACCUCACCCGAGAACUCUGGUGUGCCAAACUGAUGCUUGGUGCCAUCGAUUCAUCUUACGAUACCAAAGAUGAGAGAGAUAAUGCUCGUCGUGGCGGCGGUCCUCAGGGCUCAGUCAGCCAGUAUGGCGGCGGUGGCGGGUAUCCUCCUGCAGGAGGUCAAGGUCAGUACGGUGCGCCCCCUGGACGUCCCCAAAGCCAAGGCCAGCAAUAUGGCGCACCUCCUGGGCCUCCCCCCAACCAAAGCCAGCAGUAUGGUGCACCCCCUCCUGGGCCUCCCCCGGGCCAAGGCCAAGGGCAGCCUCCGUAUGGCGCUCCCCCCGGUGCACCUCCCUACGGUCAGUCUGGCUACCCACCCCAAGGGUACCCACAGUCUCCCCAGGGUCAGCCUCAGGGCCAGCCGCAGUAUCAGGCAUCGCGUGGGGCAUAUGGCCAACAGCCCUAUGGUUCUCAAACUGGUUACCCACCGUAUGGCCAGCCACGGUAUUAG